AUGUAUGCAUACAGACCUCUAAAAACCUCUGACGAGGAUCAGUUUAUUUCUCACCAAGCAGCUCUCACUCAGGGGAAAGAGAGGAAAUUGUCUGGAUUUGCUCUUGCACAGAAGUGGAUAGUUGGUAAGGUAACUGUUCUGUUCUUGGACUGGAGACUGAUUUUGGAAAGACAAAAGUAUGGAGAAAUUGGCCGUGAAAGCAGGAGGAUAAAAGAAUGGAUUAGCUGUUUCGUGUUAAAGCUGUCAAUGCCUCUUGGGAAAGAGUUUAGAUUGGAGAUUACUCCACAGCCAUCUGCAUACAACUUGAGGACAGCACGUAGUUCAAGUUUAGUUCAAAAGAAAGUUGUCUCUGUUAAGAAAAAUAAUACUGUUGCCUCAUCUAAACCUCCAAAAGCAUUUGUUGGGAAGAAGAAAACGCAAUAUGGGACAUGCCCUUUCAUUGUUCCUUUUUGGGAUGAAUACAAUCCGGUGUACAAAGGCUUUGAGACAUGGUUAAUUCAUUAUAAUAAAAGAUCAUCGUCCUUGAAAAAUGUGUUUGAUUUUAAUAUCAUGACGAUUGAUGAUAAGUCUUGGCUUCUGAAGUUGGAUAUGUGCCAUUCCUUUUUUACUACCUUAGAAAGAUGGACAUUUCAUUUUAUUCCUAUUGUUGUCGAGCGUGUUACUACCACGGAUCAGUAA